AUGUGCGUGAUUUUUUUAUUGUGCUGCGCGUUGACAACAAAUUUUAUAAGAUGCGAACGACAAACGGAUAUUUCGAAAUGGUACUCAGACAUGAUGAGUCGUGGUGCUUUUGAUGGAGAACUUUCUACAGAACAGCUUGUAACAAAAAAACAAAUUGAAAUAGAAAAAGCAGCAGAAAAAAGUAAAGAGAACAUUGCCUCUAAGAAGCCCUUGUACGAGGACCCAGAAAAUAAAGACCCCAAAGAUUGCUAUGAACUUUAUCAGAAAAGCAAUAGCAGAAAUGGCGCAUACAAGAUUAAACCUGCUGGUUUCAAAAAAUUUAUUGAAGUCUUCUGUGAUAUGAAAUGUGGUGGCUGGACUGUUAUACAACGGCGUCAAGGAGGAACAACAAAUUUCUUCCGUGAUUGGAACAUGUACAAGAAAGGAUUUGGAGGUGUUUAUGGGGAACACUGGAUAGGUAAUGAUAUCAUUCAUCAAUUGACCAAUCAGAAACAAUAUGUAAGAGAAUUGAUAUCUAUCAUAAAUUCAGGGAAUUCAACGUUCAUAAAUAUCUAUGCUACUGAUCACAAUCACAUCUGA